UCAACUACUGAGACACGUCGCGAACAGAUGCGCUCAGUUUUACGAAAUUAUAACUGAUUUGCUUUUUCUGAAUGAAUUAUAGGUUAAUAUCCAAGCAGCGUGAGUGAGGGAUGCGCUCCUGUGCGGAUACAGCGGCUCUUCUGGUCUAGCCGGCGUCAGGCAUGUUGUUCAGGAUGGUAAAACUCAGACUACUCAACACGAUUGCACCUGCAUACUUCUACACUGCAACCGUGGUCACAUUCGCCCUCCACUUCCUCCUCUUCAUGCCCAAUGUUUUCCGAAGUCCAGAUGUGGCGCUAAAUCCCACCAUGCUGGUCCACAUCACUGUCUUUCUCUUCCUCAUGGGGAACGCAUUGGGUAGUUACACAAUGACUAUAUGGUACCCAUCUGAGAGUGCCAACGAGACAGUAAUUCCAGUCUGUUCACCCGACUGCCCGGACCGAAUUGACGCCCACUACCUCCUGAAUGGACGCAACUUCUGUAAAGUGUGUAAGAAAGUGAUUCUAAAACGGGACCACCACUGCUUUUUCACAGGAAACUGCAUCGGGAAUAGGAACAUGCGCUACUUUAUUAUGUUCAGCAUCUAUACAUCCUGCUGUUGUCUGUAUUCGUUGGUAGUCGGGGUGGCGUAUUUUACAAUGGAAUACUCCAUUUCCUUUGAGAACCCACUGACGUUCCUCACUCUUCUACCGCUCUCGACAGGUUACUUCUUCCUUGGUUUGAUUUCAGGUCUCCAGUUCUUUCUGGUUAUAAUGCUGUAUGUCUGGCUGGGUAUCGGACUGGUUAGCGCCGGUUUCUGCUGUCAGCAGCUUCUACUAGUAGCCCGAGGGCAGACCUGGUGCGAGCUGCAGAAAGGGCAGCUGUCAGAGAGUCGUGGGACCUGGCUUGCCAACCUGACUGAUGUUUUCGGUUCCCGUUGGGCUCUGGGCCUUUUCCUGCCAGUUCAGACUGUGGAGACCAUACCUGGGAACCGGCAGGUCUACCAUGAUCACAAACAUGACUGAAAAGCCAAGAACUUGCCAUAUCAGUGUGUUCAUCAUGAUUUGACCUGUGUCGACCAGUUAUUAAAUGUGAUACGGGCUUCAGUGCAUGCAACUGAUCUACCUUUUCAGUGGAUUUCUGUCAACGCUGCACAAAUUAGGACAGCGUUAUGUCACAAAGAGGUUGUAACACCCAUAUCUAUGUCUAUCAGCACUGUGUUGAAACUCAAUUUCAGCCCUAGUUCAGGGCAGCAGUGAUUAGCAGCAUCAGAGAAGGAGGCCAGGAUUAAAGGUUGGAUGGGUAUUUACAAAACAACGCACACUAGGUAAUCAGCACACUAUUACACAAGCAGGGGUGUGUUUAGUGUUUUGGGGGCCCUCAGCAAGUGUCCUGGGUGGGGCCCCCCUCGGUGGAUUUUGCGAUCAAUU